AUGCCCGAUCCUGGCCGGUUAAAAUGUCCUCUGAAUGCAGCUUUGGACUCGGUCAUGUCUGCUAACUAUAACAUGAACGGCUCACAACCGGUGAAUGUAAAAAUGUUGCUGAAUACAGAGCUUAUUAAACAAGAACCGUUGGAUUGUACAGACUUGAGUCAAACAACAGAGUGUGAUGUAGACACAUCUCAUACACAGGGCAUUAUUGCGGAUCCUGGUCGUUUAACUGGACAUAUGAAUAUUUUGGACAUCUCAAGUGGCGUUGUUAAUAAUAAUAGAAAUGGCUCCGUCAAUAUGGCGUCUGACCAUGACAUAAAUCUAGGAGAUGAGUUUUCCACGAACACUGAACAUAAAAAUUCAUCCAAGAUGGCGGCGGGUUCUGAUCGUGAUCCUGACCGAGUGAAGAGGCCGAUGAACGCAUUCAUGGUUUGGUCGCGAGAAAAGCGGCGAGUUAUGGCUCAAGAAAACCCCAAGAUGCAUAAUUCGGAAAUCUCUAAAAGACUUGGAGAUAAGUGGAAAAAAUUAAGUACAAAUGAUAAACAGCCGUACAUUGAGGAGGCGAAACGGCUGCGUGCCCAACAUAUGAAAGAUUUCCCUGACUACAAAUAUCGUCCACGUAGAAAGACAAAGACCUUACUGAAGAAAGAGAAAUAUAACCUUCCUUUACUUGGAAAUUGUGAAGGUGGGCCACCAGUACAGAGGGAUAUUGCACAAGUUAGUGAUUAUUAUUCAUAUCCUAAUCUUGGGUAUCCUACACAAGAUUUAUACAAUACAAUGUAUAACUCCGGGUAUAACACAGCGUUAUCUAACACACCAUUCCAAGGAGUUAGCACCUCAGCAAGUUCGUAUUAUCCAGCUUCUGUAUAUACUAUUCAAGGUGGACAGAUAUAUAGUUAUAAUUCAGAACAGCAUCUGACAAACGGCAGUGAUAUACAGACAAUGCCAGCAGUAAGUUAUCCGCAAGAAACUAUAAUGCUCACAAAUGGCGGAGUUCAAAUCAAGAAAGAGUUAGAUAGUGAACAAGUAUCAAGACGGAGUUAUCCAGGAGAUCUACAUGAAAUGAUCAAUGUAUAUCUACCUGCAGAUGCAACUGUUAAUCAUCAAACAAGAACUAAUCAUGUAGAACAUUUUCAACAUCAAGACUCUACUCAAUAUAGCACAACCCAUAUGGACAGAAAUACUAUGAAUGCUAGCGUUAUUAGGCCUAAUCCAAGCGCUGCCACUAUGCCAUUGACACAUAUGUGAGUUUAUAACUUGUAAUUAUUAGUAAUAACAUUGGAAACCCCACUGCUAGCUCUCGGCUAUAAACUUACACUCAAACGACAAUAAUAUAAAUUUCGCUGUUAAAUAUUGUUCACAUUUCUAAAUAAUAUGCCAUUUCAGGUGUAAUUUUAUAGUGUUUCGCAGUGCAGAUUUUAUCAAAAUGCCUCUAUUUUAACAUUGGCAAAGUAUCAAAAUUGUGACAUUUUAAAUAGUAACUAUCAUUACGUGUGUGUGUACUAUGUAGCUUUAGCAUUUCAUUUAGAUAUACGCAGAAACUUUUCCCUGGCGUGCCCAACAUUUUUGUUUGCACAGACGCUCAGACUUUUGUAAACGUAUCCCUGUUUCAUUUCUUUCCAUUGUGAAUAAUUUGUAAAUAAAAAUAAAGUGAUAGUCAUUUUUUUAUGAUACCCGCUUUUUAUCCCUCAUCAGAUUCGUGCAUCAAUUACAAUUCUCGGUCCGUGUUCGAUUUUUUUUGUUACACAAUAGUUGGUAUUAAUGUACCUCAUUGGCAUUAGGUGCUGUAGAUAUGGUUUGGAUAUAUUAAAUAUAGACGUAGAUUUGUAUAUUGGGACUUGACAAAGCUAACUUUCUAUAACCAUACAAGCUCCUAUUGGAGUUCGUACAUUGGCAUAGAAAAGCAAGGUUAAUUGCGACUGUAGUGAUAUAUUCGCAACUGAUGUACUGUAUACUUUAUGGCGACAAAAGAUUUUGUUUUCUUAUAAAAGUUGUCAAAUACUCGAAUAAACUAUACGUUGUUGUGUAAUAUAUGAUAUAUAUGGGGUUUUGGCACUGUCCCUCGACCUGCGGAGUAGAUGCGGGUCGAACAAAGAAACCAAAGCAGCGGUGCUUCAAUUGCCCAUUUAAUGUGUACACUUAACCGUGACGAAUCAUUUAAUUUACAUUCCCACAAACAUGUUUGAUGUAUUGAUAUCAAGAAAAUUAAGUUGCUUCAGAAAAUUGAAGGUUUAGGUUUUGUAAAGAAUUCUUAAAAUUAGUUUUAUCUUGGAAACAAUUUAGUAAUGUUUGCAUGUGAGUCGAAAAUAACUAUAUUAACAUUCAUUGCCGAAGUAAAGCCGCGAGCCUCCUCGGUUGUUGACAGUGUCUACUCGUUUUUUAUUGGUUAAUCUUCUUAGUGUUGAUUGCAGCUGUUCUCACAACAUUUAAAUAUGUUAUUACUUGAAUAUUUUAAGAGCACUUCCUUCCUUUGGCUCGAACGUUUUGCUUCACUCGGAAAAGGAAAUACAUUAGCUCUUCCCUACCUAUUAUAUAUUUGCGGCCAGGCUUUUAGCGACUGUAAAUCUCAAUUUCCUGGGUGUGAAUCAUUAGGCCAAUGUUUUAUUCAGCAUGUUUCAUUUAGUUUUAACUUUUAGUUCUAAUGUAUUUCCUAAAGGCUUGAGUUAGCCCACCCGUACACCGAGCAGGUUAUCGAGCCUUGGGUUGGCACUAGUGCAUGUAACGUUCAAUUGAUUUUAUUUGGGACCUGUUGCAUAAAAACGUUAAUGAAUAUGUCGAUACGUAUGGUCAACAUUUGGCACGACAUUUCGCCAAACAAGAUUCAGUUGCAGAGUUACAGUGAGUUGCUUACUUGCUUACUCAAAUUGACUAGCUUACAAUUUCUUUUGAAUAUAGAACUGAUUGAUUUAUUCGGAUGGUCGCAAUUCAAAAGAAAUCAAACGAAACAUUUCGACUAUGAAAUAUUUUCUGUGAGUGGAAAUCCUUUCUUAGUCUUCUUAGGGUCGCGUCUGGGGUCGUUUCACUCGUUUGAAGUAUGCAACCCCCAUAACGCGAGCCAUAACUCUCAGUAAGUUGGCGUUGUGUAGAAUUGGCUGGUCUAUAACAAAAUCCCUUUUGCGUUUGUCGUGGGUUAGGCCAUUUAUUAAUGAAUAAAUCAAGUUUUCCUGCAUGGGCAACUAAAACGAGAUUAACUAAAAGACGAGACAGUGCAAUACAACGCACACUUCAAUAUAUCCUUAUAAUAGUUGGACAUAGUUGAUUCGUCUCAUGAGAAAAGUGCUAUGCCAUGGAGAGAGAGUGAUGUUCACUGGUGUGAAUUUAAUUCUUUACUGUCCACUAUACUUUACUGCAGUUCUAGUCGAGUAAGCGCUGGAAUACUAUAACAUGUAUUGCACAAAUUAAAUAAAUUGGAAGCCGGAUGAAAUCAAAGUGUGCCCUUAAAUGAUAUAUUUGAACAGCUUUAUGCAACCGUCUAAUUUCAUAUCGUAUUAGUGACAUCUUGUUAGUUAUAUAUGCCAAA